UUAUCCCCAAAAAAAGUUAUUACAAUAUUAUUUGACAGAAAUUAAUCCAUCUAAUUAUGACCUGUUAUGGGAGAGUGGUCCCCGGAUGGUGAUUGGCUCAAUUAUUGAUAACGAAAAAACAAACUCCUCCGUUCACACAUUACUAUAAUCUUCUCUCUUCUCAUCUCUUCCAUCCAAUUAAUCAUAUUCCCAAACUUAGCUAUAGCUCUUCAAAGUAAUCACCAAAUUAAAUAUUCAUACAUACAAACAUGUACAUGCUCAGCAAAAGUCUCCUCCUCAAAUGCCUGUAUUUCUUCAUCACCACCCAGUUAUAUUUCACCAAAAAAUCCCAUGGAAACCAAAUUAAUUGCACCCCUUCUUCGUGUGGCGAAAUUCGCAAUAUUAGCUAUCCUUUCAGGCUCAAAACCGAUCCAAAACGAUGCGGUCGUCACCAAUCGGAACUUUUAUGCGAGAACAAUACCACCUCAAUAUUCAUCAAUUCUCUCAAAUACCUCGUCCACGAAAUCAACUAUACCAAACAGACCAUCCGUCUUGCUAUUCCUUAUGUCACAAUAAUCGAGAGUUGCUCAUUCCCCAAAUACCCUUUAUUCGAUUACAGGUUUUAUCCCUAUUACUCCUAUGUCGAGAAAAGUGUUCCGAUUAGUUUUAUGAGCUGCCCAUAUCCACUCAAUGGUUCGAAGCUUUUGGAAAUUACUUCUCAUUGUGCAGAUAGAAAAUUAUAUGGUGUGAAUGAAAGUCGCGCAUAUGUAAUGUUUGGCACAGAUUUACACCAAGUAAAGGAUAUGUGCAAAAUAGACCUCAUGAUGAUGACUUCACUGCCACUUAAAAUAGAAGAGAAUGUUUCCUUUUCAACUAUGCACACAGCUCUGAUAUAUGGUUCCGAGGUUUCGUGGGCUUUGACUUCGUACGAGAAUUGUGUAUCCAAUAUAAUUGGUGGAUACCCUUUUUGCGGUGACAUCCCAGUUUGGUUGGCCGAUGCUCUUCAAUGGAUCGUGUACAUUCUUCAGGCUGGCAUAGCUCUUAUACUUAUGUCCAACCUAGCACUGAGGAUCGUAAUUGGAAUGCCUUGCAUGCUUGGCCUUUUGAUCUAUAAAUUUCGAAGAAGGCAUUUGUCAAUGUUCGACGUAAUUGAAGGCUUCCUGCAAAGUAACACAAAUCUCAAAACAAUCCGCUAUACAUACUCAGAUAUGAAGAAAAUCACAAAAGGCUUUCGAGAAAAACUAGGCCAAGGAGGCUACGGUUCUGUCUACAAAGGAAAACUUCGAAGCGGCCAUGAUGUAGCGGUCAAAGUACUUGCCAAGCCUAGCUCAAAUGGGCAAGAUUUCAUCAAUGAAGUUGCCACAAUUGGAAGGAUCCAUCAUGUUAAUGUGGUUAAACUUGUCGGGUAUUGUGCAGAAAGAUCCAAACGCGCCCUUGUCUAUGACUUCAUGCCAAAUGGUUCGCUCGAGAAGUACAUAUUUAAUAAGGAAAAAGGUAAUUCACUUAAUCUGAAGAGGAAGUACGAGAUUGCAAUUGGAGUGGCUCGUGGAAUUGAGUAUUUGCACAGAGGAUGCGACAUACAAAUCCUGCAUUUCGACAUAAAGCCUCACAACAUACUUCUUGACAAAAAUUUCACACCUAAAAUAUCCGAUUUUGGUCUGGCAAAGUUUUAUUCAACAGAUAAUACUACAGUGACUCUCACUGCAGUUAGGGGAACAAUAGGCUACGUAGCUCCUGAACUAAUGAAUAGAAGCAUUGGUGGGGUGUCUUACAAGGCCGAUGUUUAUAGCUUUGGGAUGUUGUUGAUGGAAAUGUUGGGGCUAAACAGAGGGACAGGGCCUAAUAUUGAAAACAAAUCGAGCCAAUAUUUCCCAUAUUGGAUUUACGAUCACUUGAAUAAAGGAGAAGACAUUGAAAUCGGAAAUGUGUAUGAUAAUAACGAUGGUGAGGAAAAGGACGAUGAUGAUGAUGAUGGAAGAAAAAUGAGGAGAAAGAUUACAAUAGUUGGAUUGUGGUGCAUACAGAUGAGUCCAACCGAUCGCCCGUCAAUGAGCGAUGUUUUAAAAAUGUUAGAAGGUGAAGAUGAAAAUAUGAUGAUUCCUCCUCAACCUUCACAAUCAUCUGAGAUUCCAAGCUAUGAUGAUCAUACUUGGGGAACUGAAUCCGAAUCAACCGGUUCUGUAGCUUUGUUGCGUAAUGAUUCUUUAAGUUAUCAAUAAGAAUGAUAAAUUAAGAUAUGGGAUUAGUAUGGUUUUGGUAUUUGCUAAUAUUGUCUUGU